AUGGAAGAAAAGUUCAUUCAUAGGGUUGCUUCAAAUAAUAUAGGAGCAACACGUGCUCAUAACGUAUUAAGCAGUAUUAGAGGUUCUAGAUAUCUUGUGCAUGGAACAAUAACAGAUUUUAAAAAUUGCAGAAGGGAUCUUAAUGUUUUUAUUGGUGAGAAUGAUGCUCAAAUGUUAAAGGAUAAAAUGGAAGGAAGAAGAGAUCAUUUGCAUAAUUUCUCAUUUGAAUAUAAGUUAGAAAACAGUGAAUUGUCUGCUUUCUUUUGGGCUGAUGAAACUGCAAAAUGCAAUUAUGAAGCGUUUGGUGAUAUUAUAUCUUUUGAUGCAACUUAUAGGACAAACAGGUACUGUAUGGUUUUUGUACCGUUUACUGGUGUGGAUAAUCAUAGGAAAUGUGUUACGAUUGGAGCUGGGAUGAUUACAAAAGAAAAUAUUGAAUCAUUUACAUUUUUGCUAGAAAGUUUUCUGAAAGCAUUCAAAAAACAACCAAACAUAAUUGUUACGGAUCAAGAUCCGGCAAUGAAGGUUGCUGUGUCAAAAGUAUUCACUGAAUCAAAACAUAGACUUUGCACGUGGCACAUUACAAACAAACUUCCAACAAAGGUUUGUGGAGAUGUAGAAAACAAUGCUGAGUUUAAAAGUAAGUUUCAUAAACUUGUUUGGAGUAUUUAUACUGGACCUGAACAAUUUGAGAAGAGAUGGAGAGAGUUGAUGGAAGAAUACAAUCUUUUGGGAAACAAAUGGCUGUCAGUUAUGUAUGAAAUUCGACAUCGAUGGAUUCCAUCUUAUUUUAAAGAUGUUGAAUUUUGUGGAUUAAUGAGAACAACUUCAAGAUCAGAAAAUAUAUACAAGAAACGCUAG